AUGGAUCGAUUAAUCUUCUGUCUUAUUCUAAUUAUUCCUCUAUUCCAAUCAAGCCAAUCUAAUAAUAAUAAUAAGAAUAUUGCUUAUAAUAUUCCUGAUCCAGAUUGUACUGGCAUAUUUAAUCUAUGCACUGAUGCUGAUAAGGAGCGACUUGGUCGUCAAGCUAUAAAAUCGAUACAUGAACAAAUGGAUGAUGAUAAAGAUGGAUUGAUUGAAGCAUCUGAAAGUCGUGAUUUUAUUCAUGAAGAAUUACAAUCAAAAACUGAUUCUGUACGACAUCGUCGAUUCCAAAAAGCUGAUUUACAAAUAACAUUCGAUGAUUUAUGGACACAAUGGAAAAAUAAUCCAGUUUAUAAUUGGAGUAAUGAUGAUGUUAUUAAUUGGGUUGCUAAUCAUGUUCAUCUAUCAAUUUAUGUUGAAUAUUUUCGUCGAAAUCAAAUUGAUGGCCGAAUGAUUCCAAGAUUAGCAGCGAAUGAUAAACAGUAUCUUUCAACAAUUAUGCAAAUACGUGAUCUGAGACAUAGACGACGUUUAAUUAUCAAAGCUACAGAUAUUGUUUUAUUUGGCCCACCGCAACGUACUCAUAAUUUUGUAAAAGAUGCGAUUUUAAUAUCUGCAUUGCUGAUAUCGAUUGGUGCUUGUUUAUAUGCUUUUAUACGGCACCGUAAAACGCAAGAAAGUAUGAAUAUGAUGAUAAAAGAACUUGAAAAUUUACAGCAAGCUGAAGGUGAUUUAAUUUCUGUAACUGGAAAAGUAAAAGCGAUGGAAAAUGAAUUACAAGAUAAAACAAAAGUUGAUCGAGGAUUAUUAAAUUCUUGGUUUAUUGAAGUACAACGAACUAAAGAAGAAGCUGAAAAAUUUCGAAAACGUCGUGAUACAACAGUUGAAUAUGAUAAACAAGUUCGUUUAGCGGUGCAAGAAAUUGAACAAUUACGUAUUGCAUUACGUAAAGCAGAAGAACAUGCUCGACAUCAAUCCUAUGAAGCACCACCAGAAUUAAUUGAUCUACUCAAACGUACUUAUCAUAUUGAAGAAGCAGCUUUUGAAACAAAACGUAAAUUAGCUGAAAAUGCAAUGUUAACAGCUAAAGAACAGAUGAAUAAAAUUUCCAAAAUGCAAAAAGGUUUUUUUGGUGCUGUACGUAUAGCUCAUACAGGUUGUAUGGAUAAUAUUGGUGAAUUAAUCAACGCAGCUAAGGAACGAUUAGCAGAAAUUCAUGAUGAAUAUGAAGAACGUGAAAAACGUUGGAAUAGAAUUGCGUCAUUACUCGAUCGAGAAGAUUUAGUCGGUACAACAACUGAUUCAACUAAUCGUCCAAAACAAAUAUCGCCUGAUUCAAUUAGUUUAAUAAAUACAAACAACGAGCCAAUAUUGAUUAAUAAAACAAACAGUACUUUAACUGCUCGUGGAGUAUCAGUAAAUUCAUUACUUCCAACUCAAAUAUCACAGCCAGAUACAAUAAGUCAAUCUGACAGUGGUAUUGAACAAACAAAUUCACCAUCAGCAACGUUAAAACGACGUGCAAUUAUGAAUAAUAAUCGUUCGUCAAAUGAACGUCUUUCGAAUCAUCCACCAAUGUCAUAUUCUUAUUCAACUAAUGGUCUUCUGAAUUCUCAUAUAACUCCUCCAUCAAUUGAUAGACAAAGUACUUAUGAAAUAAUUGAUAAUCCGUCAUUAUCAAAACAAACCAAAUCAUUAUUUGAAGGUGUAUCUGAUGUUCAUACCGAUAAUAAUGAUUCUUUAUCCGAUGAUCAACAAUUACAACAACAAUAUGAUAAAAAUUCUCUGAAUGUAGAUUCAUCAAAUGAUGAGGGUCUUUCAUCAUCUUCUCCUGAGAAAAUACGAAAACCAAUGAUAUCUUCAAAACUUUUUAAACCAUUUCAAAAUAUACGUUUUAGAAAAAAGAAUAUUAGUUCAUAA